AUGCUACAUCAACUUGACAUCAACAAUGCUUUUCUUCAUGGGCAUUUAGAAGAGCAUGUGUAUCUAAAACCACCUGCUGGUUAUGAAGGAGUUACUGCAGGGAAAGUUUGCAAACUCAAGAAAAGCUUGUAUGGGUUAAAACAAGCCUCCAGAUGCUGGAACUUAGAACUCAAAAAGGUAUUAUUGGGACAUGACUUCAAGCAGUGUGAGAGAGAUCACUCCUUGUUUGUUAGAUACAAGGGCCACAAAUGUUGCAUCAUUUUAGUAUAUGUGGAUGAUUUAUUGCUAACAGGAGAUGAUGAAGACAGUAUUGCUCAAAUGAAGCUAGUUCUUGAUGGAGCUUUCACCAUCAAGGACUUAGGAAAGUUGCGAUAUUUCCUAGGGAUUGAAGUGGCCAGGAAUUGCAAAGGCACUAUGAUCAAUCAAAGAAAAUAUGCUAUUGAUAUAGUGAAGGAUGCAGGGAUGGAAAACUGUCAUGCUGUCACUUUUCCUUUCCCCGAAGGAAUCAAACUCUCUACUGAUCAAGGAGAGUUAUUAGAAGACCCUGAACCCUAUAGAAGACUUAUUGGCAAGUUCUUGUACUUAAAUCUCUCUAGACCUGACCUCUCUUUCUCUGUACAACAGUUAAGCCAAUAUUUGAGCUCUCCAAGAAAGCCACAUUUUCAAGCUGCUCUACAUGUGGUGAAGUACCUAAAGGGAACUCUUAAUCUUGGGCUUUUCUAUCCUAGUGAAACUGAGCAUCACCUCUAUGGGUAUAGUGAUGCAGAUUGGGGAAGCUGUAUGCAUAGUGGGAGAUCCCUCACUGGAUACUGUGUGUUCUUAGGCUCUUCCUUAAUUUCAUGGAAAACAAAAAAACAAAAGGUGGUAUCUAAAUCUAGCUGUGAAGCUGAGCUAAGAAGCAUGUCUCAAACCACUAGUGAACUUGCUUGGGUUGCUGGUCUAUUUGAAGAUUUAGGCAUCACUGUUCCCACACCAGUUCCUCUUUUCUGUGAUAACAAAUCAACUGAGUAUAUAGCUCACAAUGCAGCUUUCCAUGAGUGA